UGUAAGCAACAAACGUCUUUUUUCCCCCCUGCUUGUCUCGCUCAGACCAUCCGUCCCAUCCAGCUGUCAGCCUGAUGAGUGGUUCGAUAUAACAGAGACAACCCACCUCCCACCCCACAGCUGUGCGCAACGACCUCUGCGGUUUACUUGUGGAUUACUGGAAAGGAGAGGGGAUGAGACUACCAGAGAACGAACCCCUGCUCACUACUUAUCUUCUGCUGCAGGAGGUUAAAGAGGAAAUGCGUUCUCACAUCCACGGCAGACCAAAGGAAGCAUCUGUAACAAACGCCAGCCCGUGGGUGUAUUUGGCGAUGGAAAGCCCGAACUUUACGCACGGAUCUCUUUCCAUAAACGGCACGCAGCUCCCGCCUUUAGAAGCAACCAAGGACGGGAUAGAAAUCGCUUUGCCGAUUUUUAUGUUUGCUGGAGGCGCAAUUGGAAAUUUAAUUGCAAUAAUCGUCCUUUCGGUUUCACGUCAAGAAAGGAAAUCUUCCGCUUUCUUCACGCUGGUGCGCGGUCUGGCGGUGACGGACCUGCUGGGCACCUGUCUGGCCAGCCCGCUCACUAUAGCCACCUACCUGAAACGGACGGUGCUGGAGGACCAACAUAUCUGCGAGUUUCACUCCUUUUUGCUGCUGUUCUUCGGUUUAACCGGACUGAGCAUCAUAUGCGCCAUGGCAGGGGAGCGGUACUUGGCUAUAUGCUGCCCCUACACCUACCAGCGGUGGGGGGUGGACAAACGCUUUGCGCAAAAGUUCCUCUUCUUCAUUUACAUCACUAACAUUUUCUUCUGCUGCCUGCCGAUGAUGGGCAUGGCGGAGAGCAUUCUGCAGACGUCCCAGACCUGGUGCUUCAUCGACAUGAGGACACACGAGCCUGUGGCCACCGCCUACUCCGUCCUGUACGGCGCCGUCAGCCUGCUGCUCAUCCUGGGCACCAUCCUGCUCAACCUGGCGGUGUGCGGAUCGCUGCUGCUGAUGAGGCAGAGGACCGUGCAGCGGCCCGUCACCAGAGCCAGCGUCCGGGAGAGAUGGAGGGCUCUGUCCUCCGCCGCAGAGACGCAGAUGAUCGCAGUGCUGGUGAUGACCUCCGUGGUGGUUCUGGCCUGUUCAGCCCCACUGAUGGUGCGGGUGUUUGCCAACCACUUUAUGCCGAAACCUGACCCCACAGCAGACCGGGCUGCCAUCAGGAUCGCCUCAGUGAACCCCAUCCUGGAUCCCUGGAUCUACAUCCUGCUGAGGAGGUCCCUGUUUCGACGGUUACUCAGUUUAUCCAGGAGAAGCAGCAGCACUCGCAGCAGUGCUCUUCCAUCACCGCAGAGGAAUGUGUUUUAUCCAGAUAUCAUGAGGGACAGCCACGUGUUCACCCAGCUGAUGUGCAACGCAAACAUCAUCUCUCAGCUGCCCACUGCUGUCAAAUUCACUCCGUACGACGGGGAGAGCCUCCCUCAGACUUAAAACGCUGCAGACUGAGCACGCGUUGGACGUCUUUCUCAUGCUGUAGGCAGCUUCACGUGGGCCACAGACUCUGUUUUAGAGCUGUGAGAUGGAAUAAUGGUGAUUACUGUAUGAACUCGCAGCUGGACAGGAGUUCACAGCUGCUGCAGGAUUAUUUAUUGAGUGAAAAUGAAGCAGCAAUACUGACGAGAAAAUCUGUUUGACUCAGAUGUCACUACUGAAGUGCAAUAACAAGACAAGACUGAACCUUAUCAUUUUGUGUCUUUUUAGUGUUAUCCAACCUCGACUCCUGACUUCUGCUCACUGCCACACUAACCCUUAUUUUCGAGUUCUUUCUCCUGGUCAUGAAGCCCACCUCUACAGCUCCUUCCUCCAGACCAGUCAGUCCUACAGUUUAUGUCCAGUUGACCAGUGACAUUUAGUCGUUUUUUAUGCAGUUUUUAGGAAAUGCUCCCUGUGGUGGGCAGGUGAUCUAGACUCCCUCUUGCUUUGUUACAUGCAAGUCUAUGGAAACUCCUGGGAGUUAUUUUUACAUUGUGAGAGACAUUUGAAACACAAACGUUAUAAAAGACUAACUAAAAUAUGCUGCUGUUGCCUGUUUGUAUUAAAGGUUUAUAUUUGCAAUAAAUCUGAGCGUGUCCUCUGUUAUUUGGUAAACUGUCUUAGUCUUGCAUUGAACUCAUGCUGCUCUGGUCUCUGUUACUGUUGACCUCAUUUGAACCUAGUGAGAGUUUCAGCAAUACGUCUGAUCUGAUUAAUAUUCGGCUGCAGUGGUCAUGACUUUUGCACAGCUCAGUUUGUUUCUCACAGUGUUGCUCUACAAGCUCAUGACUCUUUUCCAAACCAUGUGUAAGCAUUUUCAGCUGUGUGUGGACAUCUAUGCUGGAACAGAUACAUUUAAAUCAAUGAAG